AUGGCCUGCACCACCGGCCGGCCGCCCGCCGCAGCCACCACGUUCUUCUCGCGCCGCCCGCCGCUAUCCUCUGCCGCCGUGGCCUACAUCUCGAGUCCUCGUAUGGCAGGAAGUGCGGGUCGCUGCCCAAGCUCUACUUUCAUUGCAAGCAAAAACCAGUUAAUAGGUGGACUUCCAGUUGCCAUUUCAAACAUAAGCAGCCUUGUACGGCUAGAUCUUAGUGACAACCUACUCACCGAGCCAGUCCCAGGGUCCAUCGCUAAGUUAGAAAAUCUUGUAUGGCUCGAUCUCUCAAACAAUGACAUGUCAGGUCCUAUCCCAAUACAAAUUGGUAUGCUCUGGCGUCUAGAACAAUUGUUUCUCCAAGCAAAUAAAUUCUCAGGCUCUAUACCAAGAAGCUUUGGGAAUAUUAGUUUUUUAGAAUACAUUGACCUAUCUAGUAACCAAUUAAGUUCAACGAUACAUCCAAGGAUUUUCCACCUAGAUAAACUUCUCAAACUAGAUCUUUCAAAUAAUUCCUUUGCUGGUGCACUACCGUCUGAUGUUUCUGGUCUAAAUCAAAUAUAUCAUAUGGACCUUUCUUCCAACUUCUUGGUAGGAAGGAUCCCAGAAUCCUUUGGCCAACUCAAUAUGCUAACUUUCAUAAAUCUAUCGCAUAACUCCUUCAAAGGUUUUAUUCCAGGAACACUUGAAAAGCUAAAAGGCUUGGCAUCAUUAGACCUCUCAUCUAACAACCUCUCUGGUACCAUUCCCAUGUUCCUUGCCAACUUUUCCUACUUGACUAUCUUGAACCUCUCAUUCAAUAAUCUGGAAGGCCAAAUACCCGAUGGAGGUGUUUUCUCAAAUCUCACCUUUCAGUGUUUGACUGGGAAUGAUGGGCUAUGUGGCGCUCCUCGCCUUGGAUUUUUGGCAUGCCUUGACAUGCCUCGCUCAAGUAAUAGGAAAUUGCUACAAAUUCUACUCCCAACACUCACAGUAGUUGUUGGUGUCGUCGCCAUUUCUAUAUACCUAUGGUCUAGAAAGAAACUUAACAAGAGAGAUGCCAUAGCUAGUGAUGAUCCAAUAGAUGUGGUUGGCUAUCAGAUAGUCUCCUAUCAUGAGCUUAUUCGUGCCACCAAUAAUUUCAGUGAAGAAAACAUCUUAGGCUCCGGAAGCUUUGGAAAAGUCUUCAAGGGCCAACUGAGCGAUGGUUUGGUGGUCGCGAUAAAAGUUCUUGACAUGCAGCUGGAGCAGGCCAUCCGAAGUUUUGACGUCAAGUGUCAAGUGCUUCGCAUGGCGCGACACCGCAACCUAAUAAAGAUACUCAACACAUGUUCCAACCUUGACUUCAGAGCACUAGUGCUUCCGUACAUGCCAAAUGGCAGCUUAGAGAUGCUCCUACACCAGUCUCAAGGUUCAUUGCGCCUAGGGUUCCUUGAAAGACUAGGCAUAUUACUCGACGUGUCGAUAGCAAUGGAGUAUUUGCACCAUGAGCACUAUGAACUAAUCUUGCACUGUGACUUGAAGCCUAGCAAUGUGUUGUUUGAUGAGGAGAUGAUGGCGCAUGUGGCGGACUUUGGGAUUGCAAGGUUGAUUCUAGAUGACAAGUCCAUGACAUGUGUGAGCAUGCCUGGAACUGUUGGGUACAUGGCACCAGGUACCUAA